AUGAUUAUUGAGAAACGAGCUUUACAAACCGAGAUGCAUGUGACUGGUCAAAUUUUUACCGACACAACCGAAAACUGGUUAAGAACCCGACUUAAAUCAGUUAGCACUGAGGACAUGCAGAAAGAACUCACCAAAGUUAGAGAUGAUCAAAAGCAAAACGCAGUGACAGAUACAUUAGCAGCACUGGUAUAUGAUAUUGAUGCAACAGCCGAAGUUCUUCGUCGAGGAUCCAUGAAGAAAAAGAAAAAAGAUCAAGAAGGAGGAGAAAUUGAGUACAAAUUACGAUUAACACCCGGUCCAGAGGAAGAUAAUCCUCCAUUUCCUUCACCAAAAUCACGACCACCUGCUGAAGAUAGUUUUACAUUGGAGCAAGUUUCACGCGAUUAUGGCGUAGAAAUGAUCGAAUCUCAAACUGGAAGCUGGAAAAAGCGUGCAAGAUCUGAAACGCCAAGAAGGACCAUUAAUAUUGAGGGAUCACCACAACCAAGCACAUUGCCAUUGUGCGCAUUUUGUUCAGAAGAAAUUUCCGGACCAAUCAUUACAGCAUUGGCGCCCAAUUCCUAUCGCGCUCAAAAGUUCCAUCCUUAUCAUUUUAUGUGCACCUAUUGUCAAAAGGCUCUUAAUUUACGCGGGACUUACCGUGAACAUCAACGAAAACCUUACUGCCAUGAAUGUUUCUAUCGCUUAUACAAUGGUCUUAUUUAUGCACCCGAUGAAAAACAAGCAAAAAUUGAAAAACUCAUUUGA